ACGAAGCGGUCGAAGGAGAAGAAGAAGACGACGACAGGUUUUGUUUUGUUGUGCUUUCUGCUCUGGUGUUUGUUGGAAGUGAACAUGGAUGUGAACCAGCCGUCAUACUACACUGUGUUAGAUAAAAAGAGCGAGUCUAAAUUUCUUUGCUAUACUCACAGAAAGAACGGAAUCUUUUCUGUUUGUUUGACAGAUGCUGCUGAUGUUUGGAGCACAGAGUACACUGAGGGCACACUGAACCAGUUUAAACAGAGGUUCGCCUUGAAAUCUACAGAAGAUUAUGCUCUAAAACUCAGGUCGGCUUGUAGUAGUGGAGACGUGUCUGUUGUGGUUCAUGACUCCAGAGCGGAGCUCCAGGUGGGCUCCAGUCCAGGGGACCCGAGUGUGACCCUGUCCAGGCUGGAAAGCCCCCAGGCUACAGAGGAACUGCGGGAGCUGUUGUUCAGGAUGGCCAACACCCUCUCUCAGCUGGACAGUAAAUUUAGACCUCUGCCAGUCAGUCCAAUGAAAAAUCACCAAUGGCGUCCAACAGAGUUUGAGCCGCGGCAGCAUCAGAGUGCUCCGUCAGUGACUGUGAAGAGACGGCUUCCAGGGGCUUCACUCAUCAACCCAGGAGCUAAAAAAAAGCUGCAGGCGACUGGCGUGGCCUUUGAUGACGCAGAUGAACACUGAUCCACCUUCAUGAUGUCACAUUGCUGCUGUACAACCACCAAGGAUUGUUCUUUUAGUCCAUUAUCACAUCAUUUUUAAAAUUCACAGCUGUUUGACUACCUUUAUGGCAUAUAACAUCAAUCACAAUGAAAUAAGUGAUUUCUUUAAUGGUAUUUUAGUAUUUCUCAUGACGAGUGUCUCCCUCCUGAAUGAUGCAGUAACUUGUACGAUAUUAAAUUGAAUGUUAUUUAAUCUGGAAAUGAAAUAAAGAAUAACUUGCAAUAAAUUA